UCACUUGCCCUGAGCAGGCCCGGCCCUAAGGACACGGUGAUGGAAGCGUCACUGGAGGAUGGGGAUGAAUCUCCUGGUGCCCAGGGCCACGCCACCGACUGGAGGUUUGCUGUGUGCAGUUUGAGGGACGCAUGGGACGAGGAGCCACCUGCUCUCCAGAAGGAAGUUGAGGAGUCCAGUCCUCUGAGACCACCAGCAGGGGCAGCUCAGGAUGAAGGAACACAGAGCAGCCCUCCGCCUGGGCAACUUCAACCUCCCGCAGGACAGAUGGCCUCAGACGGGUCAGGGGAUGGCCAGAGGGGCAUGUUGUUAGGAGGUUCCUCACUCCAGACAAAGGAACAGGACCCCUCUGGAGUGGAGAGCCUCCUGGGCCCCAUGUCCUUGCAUCUCAGACUGGCCCAGGGAGAGAGUGACAGCCAAGGUGGCGGCUUGGCAGGGGAUCCAGUUCCAGGCAAGGCAGUGCCAGCUGUCUUGGGCCCUGGGGGUUUGGACAGUGACUCUGUGGGCCCUGGAGACACUUUAUCUGCGACAUCAUCAGAGCAGCUGGAGACAGAACUCAGCAAAUUCAGUCUCCUUAAGCCUACUGACUACCUCCUGGCCCAAGACCUCUCCUGGGAACUGCUGGCCAGUGGCAUGGCUACUUUGCCAGGGACUCGGGAUGUGGACGGCCGUGCAGUGCUGAUUCUUUGUGCCCAUAGCCCAGCCUGGCUUCACCCCAAGUGCAGCAGCCAUGAACUCAUCUGUUUCCUGCUCUACCUGAAAAAUAUCCCCAGCCCCAAAGUGCAGGCUCUGGGACUGACUGUGCUAGUGGAUGCUAGAGUUUGUUUCCCGAACUCUUCUCUCUUGUGGGGCCUUAGCCAGCUGCAGGAAGCAGCCCCAGGGUCAGUGCACCAGGUACUGUUAGUGGGAAAAAUGCCAGAGGAGGUCCCUUCAGGACUGCAGCUAGAGCAGAUGUCCUCUCGUCAGAGCCUGCUGGCCCACAUAUCUGCUACCGAAUUGCCUGCUUCAUUGGGAGGAAGCCUACCUUACUGCCAUCAGACUUGGUUGGACUUCAGGAUGCGCCUGGAAGUCCUACUGCAGAACUGCCAGGUAGCUUGUGCCCUACUCCAUGGGGCCAUUCAGAGCAUGAAGACUUUGUCCAAGCCCAUGGAGUCCAGGGAAGUUGGUCAGCUGCUGCAGCAGGUACAGGCCCUGAUGCAACAUGUGCUAGACUCACCGAGACUGGCCUGGCUGCAGAGUGAGGGGGCCUUAGAGCUGGUCUGGUUGAAGCAGGAGGUCCCAGAGGUGUUCCUGAGCCCAGACUACAAGCCAGCACUGGAAGAGGUGGUCAAACUGUAUGGCUGCGUAGAUGAACUACUGCACCAACUGACCCUGCAGGGUAACCGGCGAGUACAGGCACUGGAGUUGGUCCAAACACUAGAGGCCCAGGAGGGUAGUCUGCACCAGAUUAAAAUGUGGCUGCAGGAGGUGGGCUGGCCAGCUCUGGAGGAACCAGGGGUACCCUCGCUGGAAAUGCUGCUCCAGGCCCAAGGUUCUUUUCAGGAGCUGGACCAGGUUGCCCAGGAGCAGAUUAGGCAAGGGGAAAAGCUUCUACAGCCACUGACUGGCUGGGAGGCAGUUGAACUGGGCCCCUUUGGGGCCCGCUUUCUGGACCUGCAAGCUGAGCUGACUGAAUUCUCUAGGGCUUUAGCCCUGCGGCGGCAGCGGCUGGCAGAUGCUGAGAGGUUAUCACGGUUCUUCAAGCAGGCCUCAACUUGGGCUGAAGAGGGACAACGGGUGUUGGCAGAACUGGAACAGAAGCGCCCAGGGGUUGUACUACAACGACUACAGCUGCAUUGGACCAAGCACCCUGACUUGCCUCCUGCCCACUUCCGAAAGAUGUGGGCUCUUGCCACAGGGCUGGGUUCUGAGGGUAUCCGCCAAGAGUGCCGCCGGGCCUGGGCGUGGUGCCAGGACACCUGGCUGGCCCUGGACCAGAAGCUAGAGGCUGCACUGAAGCCACCACCGACAGGCAGCACAAGUAGCCUAUGUGUCAGCCCCAUCCAGGCUGUACCUACCACCCCUCCCCUGAGGAAGGCUUAUAGUCUUGACCGGAACCUGGGUCAGAGUCUUAAGAAUCCUGCCCACGACUGCCACCCUGUGGGCAUUGUGGGUGCCUGCCGUAGACCAGAAGCUAGAGAUGGUGCUCAGCUAGGGCCAUCCCCUAUCAUGCCUCUGCUAGGCAGCUCUGACACCAGGAGCCCCAACAGGCUUCAGCUCGUACUAGUGGAGAUGGUGACUACCGAGCGGGAGUAUGUCCGAGCCCUUGACUACACCAUAGAGAACUACUUCCCUGAACUGGAUCGCCCUGAUGUGCCCCAGGGCCUUCGUGGUCAGUGUGCCCGCCUCUUCGGCAAUCUGGAGAAACUGCGGGACUUCCACCAUCAUUUCUUCCUGCGUGAGCUGGAAGCCUGCAGCCGGCACCCACCCCGAGUGGCCUAUGCCUUCCUGCGCCAUAGGGUGCAGUUUGGAAUGUAUGCACUCUACAGCAAGAAUAAACCUCACUCGGAUGCCCUUAUGACUAGCUAUGGCCACGCUUUCUUUAAGGACAAACAGAAAGCACUGGGGGACCACCUGGACUUGGCCUCCUAUCUGCUGAAGCCUAUCCAGCGCAUGAGCAAGUAUGCACUGCUGCUGCAGGAGCUGGCAAGGGCCUGCGGGGGGCCGGUGCAGGAGCUGAGUGCCCUGCAGGCUGCCCAGAGCCUCGUGCGCUUCCAGCUGCGGCACGGCAAUGACCUGCUGGCCAUGGACGCCAUCCAAGGCUGUGAUGUUAACCUCAAGGAACAGGGGCAGCUGGUGCGACAGGAUGAGUUCACAGUACGCUCAGGGCGUCAUAAGUCCCUGCGCCGCAUUUUCCUCUUCGAGGACCUGCUGCUCUUCAGCAAGCCCCGCCGAGGUCCCACAGGCAUGGACACAUUUACCUACAAGCGCUCCUUCAAGAUGGCAGACCUUGGGCUCACUGAGUGCUGUGGAGAUAGUGACCUGCGCUUUGAGAUCUGGUUCCGCCGUCGAAAGGCCAGGGACACCUUUGUGCUGCAGGCUGCCAGCUUAGCUACCAAGCAGGCUUGGACAGCUGACAUCUCCCGUCUGCUCUGGAGGCAGGCUGUCCACAAUAAGGAAGUGCGCAUGGCUGAGAUGGUGUCCAUGGGUGUGGGGAACAAGGCCUUCUGGGACAUCACCCCCAGUGAGGAAGCUAUCAGCGACCGCACCAUCAACUAUGUCCUGAAGUGCCGAGAAGUUCGCUCUCGGGCCUCUAUUGCUGUGGCCCCACUUGACUAUGACAGCUCCUAUUUGGAGGCCUCAAGCCCCCUUCCUGGAGACCCUGCUUCUUGCUCUGUACUGGGUCCCCUCAAUCUACACCUGUACAGAGACCCAGCUCUUCAGGGCUUGCGCUGGCCUCUGUAUUCCACCAGCUUCCCAGAGGAAGCAGCACUGGAGCCUGAAGCAGAACUGGGCAGCCAGCCAUCUUUGACUCCUGAAGAUUCAGAGGUGUCAUCCCAGUGCCCAUCAGCUAGUGGUUCCAGUGGCUCUGACAGCAGCUGUAUGUCUGGGCAAGCCCUGGGCAGAGGCCUGGAGGAUGUGUCCUAUGUCUGAGCGUGGGCUCGAAGGCAGGCAGUGGAUCCAGCAGUCUGUAACUCCAAGCAACAUCGCCGUUCUCUGGAUCUACUGUGAACAGGGCGUGGCUAGCACCUGGGCCACCUCCACUUUACAUGUGUAUCCUUCUCGGCCACCUUUUUCUGACCUCUGUGCCCACUGGACAGAUUAGCAGGGAACUCCCAGGGGAGUUUGGCUGCAAACCUGAACUGGCAUCCUGAACCUGAGCUUCUGGUCCUCUUCUGUUCCCUUCUUCAGUGCCCACCCCAGUUAUGAGCUCGGAUUAGGCUAGAGCAGUGUAUCUGCACUGUGGUUUGGAGCGGGUAUUAUGUGGUUCAGUGACUGGGCCACUCUGCCCCUUAAGAGAAACACAGGUGUGUUCCUAGUAACUGCUUCCCAACCCCUGGUCUUAACCAUGCUCUUCAAACUCGGGUAUGUUUACUAUAUUGGAUGCUUACUUUUGCUGCCCUGGAUCUCCAGGCCCAACCCUUUCUUGUGUCAGUUUGAUUAUAUUGACCAAAACUGUUUUGAAUACUUUUAAUUAGAGUUGUCUAAAAUUAUGUUCACUGUUGUUAGGUCUUUGGCACCUCAGAGUUAAAGUUCUUGACUUGUAAUUUACUCUUUAUUGUUUACAAUAAAAAAUAGACUGUUACACACUC